AUGCCAGUCGCAACGAAAGCACCAAUAGCACCAGGCGGAAUAAAGUCGUACUACCAGGCCAAGAUCGAAGCGGCCGAGAUCCUCAUCAACCAGAAAACCCAGAACUUGCGGCGGUUGGAGGCUCAACGAAAUGCUUUGAACGCUCGAGUGCGUCUGCUUAGAGAAGAGUUGCAGCUGUUACAUGAACCAGGCAGCUAUGUUGGAGAAGUGGUGAAAGUUAUGGGCAAGAAGAAGGUUCUGGUGAAGGUCCAGCCUGAAGGCAAAUACACGAAUUCUAAUGAUGAACUAGUCGUUGACAUCGACUCUGAAAUCGACAUCAAUUCACUGAAACCAACACUGCGUGUUGCCCUCCGUUCCGACUCCUACACAAUCCACCGAAUCCUUCCCAACAAGGUCGACCCCCUUGUCUCGCUCAUGAUGGUCGAGAAGGUGCCAGACAGCACGUAUGAAAUGGUUGGCGGUCUCGACAAGCAGAUCAAGGAGAUAAAGGAGGUCAUCGAACUGCCGGUGAAACAUCCAGAACUGUUCGAAGCCCUCGGUAUCGCCCAGCCCAAGGGUGUCCUGCUGUACGGGCCACCAGGAACCGGAAAGACCCUCCUCGCCCGUGCCGUCGCCCACCACACAGACUGCAAAUUCAUCCGAGUCAGUGGAAGUGAGUUGGUGCAGAAGUACAUUGGUGAAGGUAGCAGGAUGGUGCGAGAGCUGUUCGUGAUGGCUCGAGAACAUGCUCCAAGUAUCAUCUUCAUGGACGAGAUCGAUUCCAUUGGUAGCUCGCGUGGAGAGAGCGGUAGUGGAGGUGGUGACUCCGAGGUGCAGCGGACGAUGUUGGAACUUCUGAACCAGCUGGACGGCUUCGAGUCGACCAAGAACAUCAAAGUCAUCAUGGCCACGAAUCGAAUCGACAUUUUGGACUCUGCUCUUCUACGACCUGGACGAAUUGACCGCAAGAUCGAGUUCCCUCCGCCAGGCCCCGAGGCCCGUGUUGCCAUUCUUCGAAUUCACUCUCGAAAGAUGUCCCUGCAGCGUGGAAUCAACCUGCGUGCUCUUGCUGAGAAGAUGGGUCAAUGCUCUGGUGCUGAGGUCAGGGGUAUCUGUACGGAAGCGGGCAUGUACGCCCUACGAGAAAGGAGACAACAUGUAACGCAGGAGGAUUUCGAGUUUGCAGUAGCAAAGGUUCUCAAGAAGAACCAAGACGGGAAUACGUCUGUCAACAAACUGUUCUCUUAG